UCCCAAAUUUUCGUUAUUGCGAUUCAUUGAAUAUUUUCGGAAACCCCUGAAUUAUUUUUUGUGGCUUUGAAUUUUUUAUAGAUUUUGCUCCCAAUGCAUCACCUACCUCGAUUCUUUAGUAGUAGAGUCGGCAUGGACUCGAAGAAGAACAAAAGGAGAAAACCUAGGCUCGAACGCUGCAAUGCAUCGAAGGACAUCGAUUACGACGCGUCGUCGUUUUAUUCGUCUAUAGAUGAUUCUUCUUCGUCCUCUUCUCCUGCACUCACACGAUCGCUCGAUUCAUACGAUAAAACCAGCUUCCGUAUCGAAGGAACCGACGGGGAGCUCGAUCGGAUUUAUCGGAGCUUGGGAUUUAAUGGUCCUGAAGACUUUUCCAUCCCCACCGCCGCUUGGGAGGAUCAUAAAAUCAGGUCCUCUUCGGAUGUUCUGCCGCGCUCCAGGUUGAGCCGGUUGCAUAGUCCUAAAGAGGAGACGGCUCAGAUAAGAGACGGUGCUGAAGUAACGGUAGCUGAAUUGUCUGAUAGGCUUUCGGCUACUGGGUUGACUGGGAACGGCUCGUCCGAGUUAAAGGUAAGGGAAUGCUGCUUUUCCGAUAAAAUUGGGUUGGAUGAUAAUACUAAAAUCGAGUUGAAGUUAAACGCGUCUUGCGUUUCGUAUCUUGGUGGUGGAGGAAGGAAUAAUGGAAUUAAAGGGGCUAGGCCACCGUUUUUAAAGCCUCCUCCGGGAUCGAAGCUACAUGUGGUCGAUAACGGCUGCUCCACUUGGGAUCUGUUUAGGGAUUUCUCCCCUGAAAACGAUAGAGGGUGUGUGGUUCCGGAUAACUUGCAUUCUUUCGAUAUUGAAGAAUGUAAAAAAGAGGAGGUUGGGGUUGACGAGGAAAAUUUAAUGAGAAUAGGAGAGACUGCGAUGCUUUCAGCUUCUUGUUCGUUUACUACUUCGAAUGAUGAUGAUUCUUCGAGUACCACAACAGAGCCUAUGUCAAAUAUUUCCCCUAACGGUAGGUUCAAAAGGACAAUUUCUUAUUGGCAGAAAGGUGAUCUUCUGGGCCGUGGAUCGUUUGGAUCAGUUUACGAAGGGAUUUCUGCGGAUGGUUUCUUUUUUGCUGUGAAGGAAGUUUCGUUGCUUGAUCAAGGAAGUCAGGGAAAGCAAAGUAUUAUCCAGCUUGAACAAGAGAUUGCUCUUUUAAGCCAGUUCGAACAUGAAAAUAUAGUUCAAUAUUAUGGUACAGAUAAGGAUCAAUCAAAUUUAUACAUCUUUCUUGAGCUUGUAACCAAAGGCUCCCUUUUAAAUCUUUAUCAAAGAUACCAUCUCAAAGAUUCUCAAGUCUCUGCUUAUACAAGACAGAUUCUGCAUGGAUUGAAAUAUCUUCAUGACCGAAAUGUGGUUCACAGGGAUGUUAAGUGUGCAAACAUAUUGGUCGAUGGAAAUGGAUCGGUUAAACUUGCAGAUUUUGGGUUGGCAAAGGCAACAAAGUUAAAUGAUGUUAAAUCAUGCAAAGGGACGGCAUUCUGGAUGGCUCCUGAGGUUGUCAAUCAGAAAGGUCAAGGGUAUGGAAUUCCUGCUGAUAUAUGGAGCCUUGGUUGUACUGUGUUGGAGAUGUUAACCCGCCAGAUUCCGUACCAUCAGUUGGAAUGUAUGCAAGCACUGUUUAGAAUUGGGAGAGGUGAGCCACCACCGGUUCCCGAUUCUUUGUCAAAAGAUGCACGAGAUUUUAUCAUGCAAUGCAUACAAGCAGAUCCCGAUGCUCGGCCCACUGCUGCAAAGCUCUUGCAGCACCCGUUUGUGAAAAGGCCUCUUCCGCCUCACUCAGGCUCAGCAUCUUCUCAUCUUCUCGGCCGACGGUUUUGAUUGUUUAGCCUUGUAACUAAACUGCAACGAGAUCUUUAUUCUCUUUGGACAUGAUGAAGACAACUUUGGGUCCUUGAGCAUGAAUGGUUUUUAACCUUUAUGAGGGCAUUGCUAUGGGUCCUAAAGGCAAUUUCCAUGGGUCCACAAUGAUGCUGUACAGAAAAGGACUGCUCUUAAGUUAUUUUUUGGGUGGAAACAUUGUUAGGGCAAACUCUGAGCUGAGAAUAUUGUAAGAAAUAGAAAGUGAGGCGGCGUUUGUUUGUAAAUAUGUACAUGGGUAAAUGUUAUUUUUGGAAGUGUAUAGUAGGUACGCACUCAACUUGUUUGUUUAUCUGCUUCCUAUCGGCAUUCCUCAAACACAUACUAGUAGAGCUGAACAUUUGAUCG